AAAAUCCUGUAAUCCUAAUGCCAAGCAAUGGGGGUAUAGUUGUAAAGCUGGUGUCGGGGGAUGCCAUGUAGAAGUGUAGUGAUAUACAGUAUAUUGCCAGUCAGGACAGAGGAGGCUAUUUUAGUUGGCCACUCACAGAAGGCAAUAGGAGGCAUUACAUUUGACUUGAAGUUGUCUUCUUGUCAUUUAAAGACAGACACUGCUCACCACAACAGGUUUUCUGCACAGAUUAAAAAAGGUAUGUUGAUUUUUCUGAUGCUGAUAGUAUUGAUAUUUAAGAAAAUGUUAUGUGUUGCAUUUAUCUGGAAUCAAUUAACAACCAACAGGAGCCUCAUCAGGCUGAUGGACAAAGAUAAAUGUGCAAAUUUACUAUAAAUGUUAGAUUCGAUACAGGUUAUCAAAUAUUAUAUAUGACAAAACCAAAAACAUUUAGUUGAUCAAUUUAAUGUUUAAAUUCACUCAAGGUAUUACAAUUAUAAUAUGACUUUAUUACAGUAGCAGUGAACCUAAUCAUCUUCAAUAAUUUGAACAAAAGCUACCAGGAAAUGUUUUUUAUUACAAUAAUGAUCAACAUCUUCAUUUGUAACAUUUAUUUCUCUUCUUUGGCAAAAGAUAUAUUGGAUUUUGAUUCUGAUCUGGCUGCCUUGAUGGACUGACUCCAAAUGGGUUAAAAAAUGUAUAUCAUUCAAACAAUCCGCAGCACUCAAGUGUGAAAUGUUGCUAAUUUAAAGGCUUAAUGCUGGUAUGUUACCAUACUGAGGUUAGGAUGACUCUACCUUGGCUCAGUCAACAAGAUGUGAAUAAACAGAAUGAAAACUGAAUGAACUGUAAUUAAAUAACUACUUAAAUGAAGCUGUGUUUAUAUUACUGCAUGUAUGUACUGCUACUAAUACUGUUUCUGAAUAACGCAUUUUUCUGACUUUGGUAUGAAUGAUUUCAUUUUUACAGACAAAAGCCAGCCAUGUCUGAGGCACCGAAAAAAUCUAAGAUCUCUGCAUCUCGCAGACUAGCUCUCAAGACUAAGCUGCUGAAAAUGGCAGCUGUGAUGUUGGAGAAGGAGAAGGAAGAAAAAAAGCAGGAGAGAGAAGCUACUCUGAAUGAGAGACUUCCUCUACUUCAGCUGUCUGGUUUGUCCAUGCAGGACCUUCAGGCUCUGUGUAAAGAACUGCACCAUAAGAUCGAUGUGGUAGAUGAAGAGCGCUACGACAUUGAUGUCAAAGUGCUCAAAAAUAACAAGGAGAUUGAAAAUCUGUCCCAGAAGAUCUUUGAGCUGAAGGGUAAGAUGAAGCGACCUGCUCUCAAGAGGGUGAAGAUUUCAGCUGACGCCAUGCUGGGAGCUCUGCUGGGCGCUAGGGUCAAAGAGUCUGUGGACUUCAAGGCCAACCUCAAGACAGUGAAGAAAGAGGAGGAGAAGAAAGAAGAGGUGACUGACUGGCGUAAGAACGUGGAGGCCAUGUCUGGUAUGGAGGGCAGGAAGAAGCUGUUUGAUGCCGGACAGUAGACAGUAGACUAUAUUAAUGGACAUUUUAAAUACAAAUGCUGAUUUACAGUGGACAAGAAUAGAGAGGAAAAUUAAGUCAAUGCCCCUGCUCACAACAGUACAUCAAUAUGUGUGUGUGUAUAGAUUUUUGCCUUUUUGCACUUGGAAAACAUUUAAAUUGUCUAGACUUUCAUAACAGAUAAGUAUAUAGUGAAAUGUGCUGGUUGUGUUGGAAAAACACUGGUGUAUGUCAUGAUAAUAAAUACUUCUGAUCAACACAGAAUACUAAUGCUGCACUUUUCUUUUUAAAUCUCUACUUUGUUAUCCGAGUUGCUUCUUGACACUAUCUGGGACACAACAUCAGCCAUAAGGUAGCGACAGUGCCAGGGCAAGCCAGUUGUCAACAGUAA